UGGAUUAACAAUUUACUAAUGAUCGAAGAUGGCGGACGAGAGUAUCCAAGCUUUUCCGACUGUGUCUUCGGACGUUACUGAAGAAGAACAAAAUCUAUCUUUAAAAGAGAAGAUCAACUUAGUCGACAGUGAGAUUCGUAAGCUAUAUGAGUUUUGUGUCAAAGCCGGUUACACUCAGCCACAAAUAGAGCAAUGUGCACAACCUUUACUUGCUGUCCAGAGCAAGGAAAAACACAUUCACUGGCUUAGAUUGUUGUUUUCAUUUGCUUUGCUGGCGGCAUUGAUCGUCUUCUUGUUUUAUUAUGAUCCCACCUACCGUAAAAUCUGUAUUUAUGGCAAGUUCGUAGCUAUGAAGGUAAAGCACUUUUUUUUUCAGUAUUUCCAUGUAGGUUUUGUAUACGCCUUAAAGGUUUGAAAUUUACUGCUUUUGGCUUACCAAUAUUUUCCGUAACGUUUGAACGUAGUCGAAAAUAUUAACUUCUAGAACAGGGAAGCUUUAAAGGCAAUCUUUUUCCCUGAAUUGUGUAUGUAUGUAAUUGUUUCCUUUUUAACCAACAAUUGUAUGGAUAAUGAAGUGCUGUUACAGUAAAUUAUACAAAUAAAUUUUGCCGAGUGUUUUUCACUCACCAAGGUAAAUGACUAUUUACUUGGUUGGUAAUGGAUAUCUUAAGGUCUUAUUGGGAAGACUUCUGUGCAAUCCUUUACUUUAUUAUGUAUACAGUACUUGCAAUAAAGAAAACAAUGGUCAAGAUUACCUUUGAGACUGAUUUUGAUUUAGAAAAGUAUGGGGUUACGCAGGAAUAUUUCUGUCUUGAUUCUCAUUUUCUUUUUGUGUAGAAGACCAUUUCAUAUCUUCCUAGGGCAAAGCCAAAAUUUACUCAGCUAAAGUUUAUCAACCAAACAUUUCUUUGCAAACAAAAACUUCUUAUCCUAAUUUUACCAACCUUUUGUUUCUUUUAGGUUCUACCAUAUUGGGACUGGACAGAAAUUUACAACUAUGAAUGUGUCAUUGACAACCCUUACUAUGUUCAAGAUCAGCUAACUGAAGAGGAUUGUAAUGCAUGCAAAGAUUUCCAAACAGUAAUGAGGGUAGCUAAUAUUAGUACCAGCAGAGUAGCUGAUGAUUUUCUUUUUUCCAACAUUCCUGUGAUUGUCACUGAUGCUAUGGAUGAUUGGGAAGCUCUUAAAAUGUUUCAUCUCAAUUUCUUGACUGAGGUAAUCAAAUUGAUAUUUUAUUUAGCAAAUGUACAGGAGUUUUACUUUAGUUUAGUUAUCUUUCUUGUUUAUGCCUUUUCUUUGUUUUUAUUUUGUCAAGGAUAUUACUUAACCCUAGGACUUGCUGAUAUCAGCAUUCUGUUUCUUACUAUUUUAUUAAUGGAAGUUAUUUUACCAACCAAAAUCACUGAUUCUUUUUGCGUGAAGAUACAUGGGCAAUAUUAAUGAAGAAAAAACUUUGAAUCUUGUCUUCAGAUCUAUGAAAACAAUGAAAUUUUAAAAUACUCCGGCACAGAAUGCCAGUUUGAAACAACCUUACCACAGUACCAGACUCCUCAGCAACUGCUUUCGGCUGUUAAAAGUGGGGAAGAACAAAAAUUUCAGGCCUUCUGGUAGGAAAGUAUUAACUGGAUUUUACUGUUGUGCUAUAAAUUGUAGAAAAGUUUUGCUAACCCAGGCUCUAUACAAUUCUAUGGUUUGCAAAAGUUAAGUCCACAAUCCUCUCCCAAGUCCCUUUGAAGGAUCAAAAAACUACAUUAAAAAAUAAAAAUCAAAUCUGUUACCCAUGCAAGAAUUAAAUUCCUUCUUUAAUUACUGGACUUGCACAUUUAUUCCAAUAUCAGGGAGAAUUGUGAGAAAGAAGCUGCCAAAUUGUUUAGAAAGUAUUACCGACGUCCCUACUUCAUGCCACCUAUGACAGAGGGAACAGAAGGAAACUGGUUCAUAGUCUCCUUGGGAGAAAACAAAACUUUAAGUGUGAGUUUUCAUUUGCUUAUCUAAUUAUGCAUUAAUUUAAUGAAGACUUUUGAGCUGUUUGUAAUGUGGAGCAAAACUCAGUGUGCCACUUUGUAAUACUGUACUAUCUCAAAGAAGUCUUUUUAUUUGAAAUAUUUUCAUUUUUGUUUUUCAAAUCUUUUUCCUUUUUUCCAGGUAAACUGGGAUUGCUCAGCCACUUGGAUGGCUCAGGUAUGAGGUGAAAAUCUGUUCAGUUUGUGACACAAACAAACGUAAAGAAUAAGAGAAUAUAUUAGGACUUUAUAUUCACAUAGCAAUGCAAACUGUUUUACAGUCAUUGAUAAAAAUAUUAUUAUGACCCACUGGUCAAGAAAUUGAAUGAGUACUGCAUAACUCAAUCCUCAUAACUGCCUUUCUCCUUUUUUAAGGUCAAACAAACUGCAAAAUUCAUUUUGAAACCAAAUGAAGUUUGUAAAAGUAUUUGCCGUAAAGUUUUGGUGAAGGUGGAACCAGGAGAAGUUUGUGAGUUUAAGAGUUUUACAUAUAUGUAUUCAAGUUCAGCCUCUGUUUUAUCAGAGUCAUAUUUAAAAUGCAAAGGUUCAAUGAAUCAUGUGCCAUUCUUGAAUAAAACAUAUCACUGUGAAGACCUACAACCAAUUAUUUAAGUGUUCCAUUUUUCAGUGACUGUCCCUAACAGCAUGUGGAGUGUGUCAUACAAACCAGUUGGAACCGAUCCAGUUGUUACCUUUGGUUCAGGAGUA